CAGGUGGCGGGUCCCACAGAAAGGUUGGUAGCACAAUGGAGGUGACUGCGCUGCUGCAGGAAUGACCUCGUAAAAAGCACUCUCUUCUGCCAGCACUCUUAACUGCUCAGCACUGCUGCGGAGUGGCUCAGCCCCGUCCUCACCCUCACACACCAGAGACUUCAAGGGAGUUGAUGCUCUCCCGUCUUACACGCUUUGGCUUUCGGUGGUACUCCGUCCCAGCUUACGCAGGAUCCGGGGAGCUGCGUCUGGUGGGCGGCGGCGGGCGCUGUGCCGGGCGAGUGGAGCUGAAGCACGACGGCGAGUGGGGCUCCGUGUGCGUCUUCGACUUCGAGUGGGAAGCCCGUUGGGCCACCGUGGUGUGCCGGCAGCUGGGCUGCGGCCGGGUGGCUCGGGCGUCUCCGUACGCGCCGUUCGGGCAGGGCAGCGGGCGGAUCUGGCUGCAGCCCUACUUGUGCACCGGCACCGAGGAUGCCCUGGAGGAGUGUCCGCACUUCGGAUGGGGACGGCACUUCUGCGGCCACGAGUGGCACGCAGGGGUGACGUGCACAGAUGGCGUGGAGCUGAGGCUGGCGGGCGGCGGCAGUCCGUGUGCCGGGAGGGUGGAGGUGAAGCUGCGGGGACACUGGGGCUCGGUGGCAGAGGGCGACUGGGACCUGGAGGACGCCGAGGUGGUUUGCCAGCAGCUGGGCUGUGGCUCGGCUGCCGGUGCCUACUCCGCCCGCGAGCGCUUCGGCGUCGGGGACGGGAACGUCAGCCUGGCCGUGGUGGACUGCGAAGGCUACGAGGCCACUCUCUGGGACUGCGACAUCCGUGGCUGGGGACCCUACGGGAACCUCCAUGAGUGGGACGCUGCCGUUGUGUGCCAAGGAUUUUCCCGGCUGCUCGGAGGUGACGGAGCCUGUGCCGGGCAGCUGGAGGUGCGGCAGGGCCGGGCCUGGGUUGGCGUGUGCGAGGAUCUGGUGGACAUGCGGGCGGCCCAGGUGGUGUGCAGGGAGCUGGGCUGCGGUGAGGCGCUCGCCAUGGGCGGCGGUGGCCGGUUUGGGGCGGCGUCGGGAUCGCUCUGGGACGGGAGCUUCCAGUGCAAUGGCACCGAGCCCCUCCUCAGUGCCUGUGCCCGGCGUCCGGCCCCCAGCCAGGGCUGCAGCGGCCGCGCCAGCAUCAUCUGCUCCCCCUACACGGGCUUCCGGCUGGAGAACGGCAGCUCGGGAUGCUCCGGGCGAGUGGAGGUGGCGGUGAGGGGGACGUGGGGGUCCGUGUGCGCCGCCGAGUGGGACCUGCCCGAUGCGCACGUCCUGUGCCGCCACCUGGGCUGCGGCCGCGCCCUCCCCGUGCCCCCGGGAGGCUCCUUCGGCAGCGGGGAGGGGCCGCUGCGGCCGGAUACCUUCGGCUGCAGCGGGAGCGAGCGGCACCCGGGCCAGUGCCCCGUGGCCGUGCUGGGGAAGCCCCCCUGUGCCGCCGGAAACGCCGCUGCUGUCAACUGCUCAGGUAUUGUUGAGUCCCUGCGGCUGGUGGACGGUCAGAGCUUGUGUGAUGGGCGGCUGGAAGAGACCAUCACCAGCCCGGCCUGGCGACGUGUGCCUCCUGAGCAGUGGAAUAAAUGGGAUGUCCACAUGGUAUGCGGGGUGCUGGGCUGCGGCAUUCCCAAGGACGUUUACACCGCUUUGGAAUCGGACGCUGCCAUGAGCAGCGGCCCCAUCGACGUGGGCAUCAUAAUUGACGAGUCAGACAUCAUUUUGGGCGAGGGCUCUGCGCUGAAUAGCAACACUGAGGAGAUUGAUGACAAGAAGGAGGAGAUGGAAGAUGUCUUAUUGGUGGGCGCUGCACCAAACAAAAGCCUUGAGGAGAUGGUGGUUGUCUGCUCAAGCAGCCGGCAGGUGAGGCUGGUGGGGAGCUCAGGCCGUUGUGCCGGGCGUGUGGAGGUCUAUUCCGGUGGCAGCUGGAGCACCGUGUGCCAGGAGGGCUGGGACCCGCAGGACGCUGCCGUUGUGUGCCGUGAGCUGGGCUGUGGCACGGCCCUGGAGGCCCCGAGCUCGGGGCCCUUCGGUCCCGACACGGGGCCGCUGUGGCCGUACAUCCCCGACUGCUCCGGGACUGAGGAGUCUCUCUGGGAAUGCAGACGCUUGGAACGGCACGAGUGUGGGAGCGGCAUUGGGGCGGGGGCCGUGUGCUCAGAGCAGAUCUCCGUGCGGCUGGCAGGCGGCCGUGGGCGCUGCCAUGGGUACCUGGAGGUGUCCUACAACGGCACCUGGGGCCGCGUGUGCUUCAACGGCGCCAGCCCCGGCACGGCCGGCGCCGUGUGCCGCCAGCUGGGCUGUGGGCACAAGGGCACGCUGUUGUCCGUCCGUGCCCAGCAGCCGUCCCGUGCCUGGCUGGCCUGGGUGGGCUGCGAGGACGGGGCCCGCUCACUCUGGGGGUGCCCCUCGGCACCCUGGCACCUGCAGAGCUGCAGCGAUGGCGAGCACGCCCACGUGGAUUGUGAGGAGGAGGAGAAGAGCGAUGGCACCGCUGGGACAGAUGCUACUCCAUAUCGCGAGGGUGCCACCAGCACAGGUAUUCCCAGCAGAAGCACCCCGAGAGUGGCUGUCGAGAGGGUGCCUGUGCCAGUUAUCCUGUGCAUGGUGCUGGGGACGCUGCUGUGCCUGGCCCUGGGUGCCCUGGCCGUGCUGCUGUGCCGAGUCCGUGCCUGGCGCCGAGGCCUUGGCAGAGCUGCAGAUGCCAUCUCCAACGCUGUCUACGAGGAGCUGGACUACACGGCCAAGCCGGAGUACCAGGUGGUGCCCAGUCACCCAGGUUCCCUGUCCGAGGGAUCGGUCAAGAAGCUGCCAUAUUACAGCGAGGAGAGCAUGGAGGGGAGUGACACCGACAUAGCCCCAGACCUCCCUGCCUGGACUGAGCAAGGAAUCCCGGACGGCUACGAUGAUGUCCUGGAUGUGCUACAGGAGCCUCCCUCUCCCAGCACUGGGGACAUGCCCAAGGAAGUGGCACAGCAGAGGUGGAUCUGUGUCCUGCCCACAGGUGCGAUCUCUUCCCCACCAUCUCCUGCAGGAGCCAGAAGGGACCCCUUGGAACAGUCCCCGGGGUGCACGGACUAUGAUGAUGUCGGCAGCAGUGCCCUGCAGACAGCUCCAUAUUCAGCAGGAUCUCCUCCGUGUGCCCAGCGGGUGGGACAGGUUCAGACCCGCUGGCAGCACCGAGAGCUGGGCUGGGAAUGGCUCCGGUUGUUGGAAGGGCUUUUCCUAAAGGAGGGGACGUGUUCUGAAGGAGGGCAGCGCCUUCCUGCCCCCCGGCAGGAGCCCGCGGUGGCAGGGCAGCCGGGCCAUGGCCCCUGCCUGCGGCACGUCAUGCUCCAGGAGGUUCCCGAUCUUCAGGGUGGGCUGCAGUGCCCGGAGGGCGUCCAGUUCCUGCAGCAGGGCCCGGCUGAAGCCCAUCUUCUCCCCGGCUCGGGAAUGCCAGGUAUGGAAGAGGCCAUGGCAGGGCCCUCACCCCAGGCUCCGCAGCGGGCAGGCGGGAUGCGGGAGCUGCUGGCAGAGCUGCAGGACGCCGUGGGCUCCCAGCUCGUUGUCACUCAGGUCCAGGCAGGGACGGCUCCGGGACACUGCCCGGUGCCGCAGUGCCUGGCAGAGUGGGCGGAUGGGACAGGGCAGCUCCUCCCGCCGGCGCACAACGAGAGACCGGCACAUUCUGCCCAGAGUCUGAUGAAGGGUGAGGCCGGGAAGUUUCCUUUCGAGCGCGGCUGCCGAGCCGCAGGGGAACGGAGCGGUGGAGCAGGGGCGGCGCGGAGCCGCGGCGUUAUCGGCGGCAGCGCAGGUGUCGGGAGCUGCGUGCGGUCGAUGGCGAGGCCGGGAGCCGCCGGGGGGCUGCAGCAGCAGCAUCAGAGCUGGAGGCACGGGGGGUACAGGAAGCGCACCCCCAGCGCAGACCUGCCCUGGCUGCGCUGGCUCGGAGCCGCUGGCAUGGGGCCGCUGGUGGCGCUGGGGCUGCUGGUGUGCGUGCAGCUGUGUGCGGGAUCCGGGGAGCUGCGUCUGGUGGGCGGCGGCGGGCGCUGUGCCGGGCGAGUGGAGCUGAAGCACGACGGCGAGUGGGGCUCCGUGUGCGUCUUCGACUUCGAGUGGGAAGCCCGUUGGGCCACCGUGGUGUGCCGGCAGCUGGGCUGCGGCCGGGUGGCUCGGGCGUCUCCGUACGCGCCGUUCGGGCAGGGCAGCGGGCGGAUCUGGCUGCAGCCCUACUUGUGCAACGGCACCGAGGAUGCCCUGGAGGAGUGUCCGCACUUCGGAUGGGGACGGCACUUCUGCGGCCACGAGUGGCACGCGGGGGUGACGUGCACAGAUGGCGUGGAGCUGAGGCUGGCGGGCGGCGGCAGUCCGUGUGCCGGGAGGGUGGAGGUGAAGCUGCGGGGACACUGGGGCUCGGUGGCAGACGACGACUGGGACCUGGAGGACGCCGAGGUGGUUUGCCAGCAGCUGGGCUGUGGCUCGGCUGCCGGUGCCUACUCCGCCCGCGAGCGCUUCGGCGUCGGGGACGGGAACGUCAGCCUGGCCAUGGUGGACUGCGAAGGCUACGAGGCCACUCUCUGGGACUGCGAGAUCCGUGGCUGGGGACCCUACGGGAACCUCCAUGAGUGGGACGCUGCCGUUGUGUGCCAAGGAUUUUCCCGGCUGCUCGGAGGUGACGGAGCCUGUGCCGGGCGGCUGGAGGUGCGGCAGGGCCGGGCCUGGGUUGGCGUGUGCGAGGAUCUGGUGGACAUGCGGGCGGCCCAGGUGGUGUGCAGGGAGCUGGGCUGCGGUGAGGCGCUCGCCAUGGGCGGCGGUGGCCGGUUUGGGGCGGCGUCGGGAUCGCUCUGGGACGGGAGCUUCCAGUGCAAGGGCACCGAGCCCCUCCUCAGUGCCUGUGCCCGGCGUCCGGCCCCCAGCCAGGGCUGCAGCGGCCGCGCCAGCAUCAUCUGCUCCCCCUACACGGGCUUCCGGCUGGAGAACGGCAGCUCGGCAUGCUCCGGGCGAGUGGAGGUGGCGGUGAGGGGGACGUGGGGGUCCGUGUGCGCCGCCGAGUGGGACCUGCCCGAUGCGCACGUCCUGUGCCGCCACCUGGGCUGCGGCCGCGCCCUCCCCGUGCCCCCGGGAGGCUCCUUCGGCAGCGGGGAGGGGCCGCUGCGGCCGGACACCUUCGGCUGCAGCGGGAGCGAGCGGCACCCGGGCCAGUGCCCCGUGGCCGUGCUGGGGAAGCCCCCCUGUGCCGCCGGAAACGCCGCUGCUGUCAACUGCUCAGGUAUUGUUGAGUCCCUGCGGCUGGUGGACGGUCAGAGCUUGUGUGAUGGGCGGCUGGAAGAGACCAUCACCAGCCCGGCCUGGCGACGUGUGCCUCUUGAGCAGUGGAAUAAAUGGGAUGUCCACAUGGUAUGCGGGGUGCUGGGCUGCGGCAUUCCCAAAGACGUUUACACCGCUUUGGAAUCGGACGCUGCCUUGAGCAGCGGCCCCAUCGACGUGGGCAUCAUAAUUGACGAGUCAGACCUCAUUUUGGGCGUGGGCUCUGCGCUGAAUAGCAACACUGAGGAGAUUGAUGACAAGAAGGAGGAGAUGGAAGAUGUCUUAUUGGUGGGCACUGCACCAAACAAAAGCCUUGAGGAGAUGGUGGUUGUCUGCUCAAGCAGCCGGCAGGUGAGGCUGGUGGGGAGCUCAGGCCGUUGUGCCGGGCGUGUGGAGGUCUAUUCCGGUGGCAGCUGGAGCACCGUGUGCCAGGAGGGCUGGGACCUGCAGGACGCUGCCGUUGUGUGCCGUGAGCUGGGCUGUGGCACGGCCCUGGAGGCCCCGAGCUCGGGGCCCUUCGGUCCUGACACGGGGCCGCUGUGGCCGUACAUCCCCGACUGCUCCGGGACUGAGGAGUCUCUCUGGGAAUGCAGACGCUUGGAACGGCGCGAGUGUGGGAGCGGCAUUGGGGCGGGGGCCGUGUGCUCAGAGCAGAUCUCUGUGCGGCUGGCAGGCGGCCGUGGGCGCUGCCAUGGGUACCUGGAGGUGUCCUACAACGGCACCUGGGGCCGCGUGUGCUUCAACGGCACCAGCCCCGGCACGGCCGGCGCCGUGUGCCGCCAGCUGGGCUGUGGGCACAAGGGCACGCUGUUGUCCGUCCGUGCCCAGCAGCCGUCCCGUGCCUGGCUGGCCUGGGUGGGCUGCGAGGACGGGGCCCGCUCACUCUGGGGGUGCCCCUCGGCACCCUGGCACCUGCAGAGCUGCAGCGAUGGCGAGCACGCCCACGUGGAUUGUGAGGAGGAGGAGGAGAGCGAUGGCACCGCUGGGACAGAUGCUACUCCAUAUCGCGAGGGUGCCACCAGCACAGGUAUUCCCAGCAGAAGCACCCCGGGAGUGGCUGUCGAGAGGGUGCCUGUGCCAGUUAUCCUGUGCGUGGUGCUGGGGACGCUGCUGUGCCUGGCCCUGGGUGCCCUGGCCGUGCUGCUGUGCCGAGUCCGUGCCUGGCGCCGAGGCCUUGGCAGAGCUGCAGAUGCCAUCUCCAACGCUGUCUACGAGGAGCUGGACUACACGGCCAAGCCGGAGUACCAGGUGGUGCCCAGUCACCCAGGUUCCCUGUCCGAGGGAUCAGUCAAGAAGCUGCCAUAUUACAGCGAGGAGAGCAUGGAGGGGAGUGACACCAACAUAGCCCCAGACCUCCCUGCCUGGACUGAGCAAGGAAUCCCGGACGGCUACGACGAUGUCCUGGAUGUGCUACAGGAGCCUCCCUCUCCCAGCACUGGGGACAUGCCCAAGGAAGUGGCACAGCAGAGUUGGAUCUGUGUCCUGCCCACAGGUGCGAUCUCUUCCCCACCAUCUCCUGCAGGAGCCAGAAGGGACCCCUUGGAACAGUCCCCGGGGUGCACGGACUAUGAUGAUGUUGGCAGCAGUGCCCUGCAGACAGCUCCAUGAAGAUUCCCUGGCCAUGGCCCUGCCCCGGGGACAUGUGUGUGGCAAUGUGGGGGGGGGGGUCUGUCCCCAGGAAGGGGUUGGACCCGUCCACAGAGGUCACCCCACCCUGUGGAGCACGGCAGGAAAACAGCUCCAGUGUAGGGAUUUUCUUUGAUUUUAAUGUAAAUUUUCCUUUUUUCCUAAUAAAGCCCAAACUGGUCAGA